GGGCAUAAAGAUGAGAUCUGCGGUGUUGCGCUCUCACCCAAUGGUCGACGUGUUGUGACUGCUUCGAGGGACAAGACAUUAGAAGUAUGGUUCUUCGACGGCGCAUUCGAAGGACCUGAACAACAAGGGCCGCUUUGUCGUCCUCUCGUCCUCAGCGGGCACUCCAAAAGUGUCCGUUCUGUCGCAUACUCCUCUCAUCCGCGCCAUAUGAUCGCUUCCGGGUCUGAUGACUGCACCGUCCGCAUAUGGAAUGUGGAAUCAGGCGCAACCGUUCAGGAACUGACAGGUCACACAGCUCCGGUUCUAACAGUGGCAUAUUCACCCGACGGGGGACAUGUUGUCUCGGGCUCCGCGGAUGGCACGAUCCGGAUCUGGUACACAAGCAAUGUGGCAACGCCGCUCAUCCUGAAGGGUGGCUUCGGUUCGGUUCGCUCGGUAGCAUACGCCAAUCAUCGCGACUACUUUGCCUCUGGCUCGAACGAUGGCAAAGUUCGCGUGUGGAAUGCGAGGACGGGAAGAACGAUGCAGAAGUCCGUCUACCGGCACGACAAUCACGUGACGUUUGUCGCAUUCAAGUAUCUCGGGGGCGACACGUACCUCGUCUCGGGUGGAGAAGAUAAGGUCAAUGUCUGGAGGUUGGGGAUGGUUGACCACAAGAAGAGCCCUUUCUUGAGUGGGAUAAAAUCAGACGCCUAA